AUGAGUCGAUCUGUAGGGGAAGAAGAUGAGAAGACAAAGUUAGAUUUAGAUGGGAAUAGAAAGGAAUUGGGAGGGAAAAGAAGAACAAUUGAUUUACCAGAUCAGUUAUGCCCUUCUUUCUCCUAUGAAGUGUUGCCUGAUUUUUCAUCAACAUUGAGGAAGGAGAAUCGAAAGCCACUGCCUACUAUGCUGCCGACUUUGAAGGAGAAGUCAGCUACUCUGCCUUCGUCUGGUGCAAAAAAUGGCAAGUUUUAUGGGGUUGUUAGGAGUAUUGGAGAUAGCAAAUUGGUGAAUUCAGUGAAGAAUAGGAUUGGGGGUUUGAUGACUAGGAAGAGUUAUGCUAAUGUGGAGGAACUGAAGCGAUUGGCUUCUGUUGCAAGGACUGCUAUUAAUGGUGAAAACAGAGUAGGAAGAACUAACAGAGUUUCUGGCAGGACUCUUCUUGGUUACAGACAAUUAUGA